AUGGCGACACUCCACGUCCGUGACUUGGUGCGCCUGGUGGAAACGCCAAAGGAGCAUGCCGCCACUGCCCUCGCGGAACUCGGCGGCAUCGAAGGCGUCGCAAGUGCGCUGAACGUGUCACUCGACAGCGGUCUGGACAACGACAACGCCACCGACCUCGCUGCGCGCGAAAAAACGUACGGGAAAAACUACAUUGAACCCGAGCAGCCUCAGACGAUCCUGCAGCUCAUGUGGCACGCGUUCCAAGACUUGACCAUCAUCGUCCUGACCGUCGCUGGCGCGAUCUCGCUCAUCCUCGCGUUCAUUCCGUUUCCCAAGUCGACAAAAGGAGAAAAUACACGGAACUUAAGUACCGGAGGCGACACCAACACGGCGUGGAUCGAAGGCGCGUCCAUCAUCGUUGCCGUGCUCAUCGUUGUCUUCGUCACGGCCAUCAACGACUACCAAAAGGAGAAGCAGUUCCGCGCGCUGAACGCGAUCAAGGAGGACGAGAAGAUCAAGGUCAUUCGCAACGGCGUGCCGGCCGAGGUGAGCAAGUUCAGCUUGGUCGUGGGGGACAUUGUCCGCGUGGACUUGGGUGACAUCAUCCCGGCGGACGGGCUCGUGUUUGACGAGAACGACUUGAAGCUCGACGAAAGCGCCAUGACAGGGGAGUCUAUCUUGCUCAAGAAGGACCGAAAAGAAAAGCCGUUUUUGCUGUCUGGCACCAAAGUCAUGGAAGGCGUCGGGAAGAUGCUCGUGAUUUGCGUCGGCGAGAACUCGCAGGCCGGCAUCAUCUCAAAGCUCAUCAUGGGCAAAGGCAAGCGACCAACUGCAGAGUCGUCACCAGCCGUGGAAGACAAUUAUGCGGCAGUGGCCACUCCCAACGAUAAGGAUACACCAGUGCUGGCAGACAGGGAAGACGAGGAAGACGACGAAAUCGUGUCGCCUCUGCAAGGCAAGCUCGACCGGCUCACGCUGCUCAUUGGGAAGCUCGGGUUGGGCACGGCCAUCUUUGUCGUCGUGGCACUCAUCGUUCGGUUUUCCAUCGUCACGUUUGGUAUCGACAAGAACGAGUGGAGCAACGAGUACUUGAAGGAUUACUUGAACCACUUCAUCCUCGGGGUGACGGUGCUGGUGGUGGCGAUCCCGGAAGGCUUGCCCCUGGCCGUCACCAUCGCGCUCGCGUACUCGGUCAAGAAGAUGCUCAAGGACAACAACCUGGUGCGCCACCUGGACGCGUGCGAGACGAUGGGCAGCGCCACGACCAUUUGCUCGGACAAAACAGGCACCCUCACCACGAACCGCAUGACCGUCAUGGAGUGCUACCUCGGCCAGCACGAGUUUAGCUCGGCGCCGUCGCUCCGCCUCCAGGCCAGCGCCGCCACCAAGGACAUUCUGUGUAGUUCGAUCAGCAUCAACUCGACGGCCGAGAUCCUGCCGCCCAAGCAGGUCGGGGCUCAGCCCGAGCACACGGGCAACAAGACCGAGUGCGCGUUGCUCCAGUUCGCCGCCGACUUGGGCGUGUCGUACGCCGACGUGCGCAAGGCGGCGUCGAUCUGCCACAUGCUCACGUUCAGCAGCGCCAAGAAGCGCAUGUCGGUGGUCGUGCCGCUGUCCGCGACGCGAUGCCGCAUCUUCACCAAGGGUGCGAGUGAGAUCGUGUUGGAGCUGUGCACGUCGCAGCUCCACUUGGACGGGUCCACGGCCGCGUUCUCCGCCGCCGAGCGCAACGCCCUCUUCAACGAGAUCAACGCCCGCCGCAUCCACGACGAGCUGAACGUAUUUGAAGGGAUCUUUGCCAACCAACUGUACUUGGGCAUUUCGGUCGUGCAAUUGGUGCUGCAGGUGCUCAUCGUCCAGUUCGGGUCGCUCGCAUUUAACUGUGUCGCGUUGACCGGGACUCAGUGGAUCAUUUGUCUGGCGAUCGGCGCGAUGUCGUUGCCGAUGGGGCUCUUUCUCCGCUGCAUUCGUUUGCCUGCCUUUUUUACAAUCUGCCAAGAAGCGGAACCUGUCGUCCUUGUUCCCACGGUCCGCACCAAAGAAUUGUGGAUCCGCGGCUUCAAGCGUCUGCGCACCCAAAUCCGCGUCGUUCGUGCGUUCAAGCGGUCGCUGUCGCAGCGCAAGCUCACACAUUACGAGUAG